CCCAACUUGGAGCUACUACUCGCUCGCUAGCAACGUCUCUAGCUUCUUCUUGGGCUACGGCUUGGUUGCUCGCUCACUCGAGGCGGGCCAGGCCAGAUCUUGACGUCGCCUGAUUAGGCCGGCCCCCCUCCCAUGAUCAUGCAUGCACAAACGCCCACGGGAUGUAGAUGGCUGGGUGGUAGCUCACCGCAUCAGCGAUCAACACGAGAUCCCACGAGAGUCAGAUACGCACCGAGAGUUGGCUUGAGGGUGAGUGCCAGACGCGGGUCUUGUGCAUGAAAACACCGUAGAUAAGAGUUGUCACCCUCCCGGUCUGUUGGCGCCAAAGCAAUCUCGAGCUUCGCGACCCUCCACCUCGCAAGAUAGGCCAUCGGGCUUGCACCUGAGACUUUGUCGCAGGCAACGUCAUGAGGACGGUGUCCACGGAGAGAGCUGUAGGUCCUUGGAGUAGUACGUACGCACGUAGUACUAGCACAGAAAAGGUCCCGAGCUGCCGUACGUUCUCGCAGCAGCUCCCAGUCGGCUGGUCGGUCUGUCGUAUGCAACUCGACCACCUCUUUUUUUGCCGCAUCGUCGUCUCGUGCUGCGACCGAACCUCUGCCACACGCGCGCGCCCCGUGCCUCAGCAAUGCCAGCGGUCCCUUCCCCAGCUACCAGGCGCUGGUCUUUCGACACGAACUCCGACUAUAGAGUAGACUGCCUACUCUUCUGGACCUCGCAUCGCCGCUUCGGCUGGACCUUUUUCGACCCCAUCGCCAUUCGAGGACCACGCCGGGACCAACGCGAGAGCCCCUGCGAUGGGCGCGGACGCCGCGAGCACCACCACCAACACCACCAGCAGCAGCUCAUUUGCGAGAAAACAGUGUCUGAUCAAGCUAUGCCGGGCGUUUCUGCUGUACGGCGCCCCGACCCAUAGCAUCGAAGAGUUCAUGACCGUCUCUUCGGUGCACCUCGACAUAGAUGCCCACUUCCUGUACGUGCCCAUGAGCAUGGUGGUGACAUUCGACGAUGGCACGCGAGGAGGGACGGAGCUCCACAUCAUCCGCCUCGAGCCCGGCAUAGAAGUCGGCCGUCUGAUGGAGGUUUUUCGCAUAUACAAGGAUCUCGUACACGCCAUCAUUGAUGUGGAGGAGGCGACGAGGCGGUUGGACGACGCCACCGAACGGAGGCCCAGAUUCUCCAUCAAGCUGCGGGUUCUCAUGUACGGACUGGCGUCGGCAUGUUGCGCCCCCGUCGCGUUCCAGGGUCGCCUUGUUGAUACGCCGUUCGCCCUGGUGCUGGGGAGUGCCGUUGGCUUGUUCCAGGAGGUCUGGUACCCGGCCGACGACCACUUUAUACCCCUGUUCGAGAUGACGGCCGGCAUCAUCACGGCCUUUAUCGCGCGAGCCCUGGGCUCGAUCCAAAACGGCGACGUAUUUUGCUUCGGCGCCAUCGCACAAAGCAGCAUCGUCUUCAUCCUGCCGGGGUACAUGGUGCUGAGCAGCUCCCUGGAGCUGCACACGGGACAUAUCGUCGCGGGAAGCGCACGCAUGGUACACGCCGUCAUCAGCACUCUGUUUCUCGGAUACGGCAUGGCCAUCGGUACGUGCCUGUACGGACUGGUGGACAGCGGCGCCACGACCGAGGUGGGCUGCAGGGACCAGCUCCAGCGGAAGUGGCAGUCGCUGUUCGCUCUGGCCUUCAUCAUCUGCCAGUGCAUCAUCCGUCAGGCGCAGUGGAGGCAAAUGCCCGCCAUAUGUGCCAUCGCUCUCGCCGGGUUCUGGGUCAACUCGUUUUGCAGCCGGUUGUUUGACGGGGACACGCACGCGGCCGCCAUGCUGGGCGCCCUGUCCGUCGGGUUGCUCUCGAACCUGCACUUUCGGCUGUACCGGCCGGCGCAGACGCUCUGGCUGGCCUUGAUGUCGGGCCUCAAGUCUACCUCGUCAUGGUGCUGCCUCACCGAAGGGCGGAACUUGGGCCACAGAUGGGGCCGACGACCCUCGUGCGACAGCGACGCGGAAUCGUCCCCGGCCGCGCCGCCGACAAAGGUGCCCCCUCGCAAGGGGAGCUGCAGCCUCGCCGUCGCCGUCAUGCUGCAGGCCAUACUCAUCCAGCUGCCGACCAGUUUGGCCAUACACGGCUUCCUGGCGGCGGACACUGUCUUCACGAGCUCGCUCAAGAGCAACCCGCUGACCGCGGCAGACGACGCCGCCGGCCACCUGGAUGGCGCGAGGCUCCCGGGGACCCUGGACAUGACAUUCUUCGGUGCCUUCUGGAAGGUCAUUCAGGGGAUCGUGGGGGUGAGCUUUGGGCUCUUGAUCAGCAACAUGAUCGCAUACCCCUUUGGGAGGGGGCUUUCUCUCCGCAAGGAAUAACAGCUUGUCGGCAGGGACAUGUUUUUUUUUUUUCGUUUUUUGGCCAUGUACUACUUUCGCUCAGCCAUCUCGUACCCAUCACCAUAUCCUCGAGUGGAAUAUUGACGCGGCAAAGAAUUACAAACGAAACAUAGCGGGGCUCCAUAAUUCUUUAUCGCAGUUCGCCGAAGGCUAUGCACAUUGUAGUCAUCACUCGGGAGCUCCAUCUGAUGACGAUUUCUAUUUUGGGCAGCUGUUUGAUAUACGAUGCUACUACACUGGUUGCACGGUACGUACACGGGAUGCUGGAAGGAGGGCGCGCGGCGGCAUGAUGCUUUUUUAAACGUAGAAGAGACGGUUUGAUACGGCGAUAGACAUGUAUGAUAUUACCAGACCAGUGAAACCAGAAAGAACACACCUAUAACGGGU